AAAAAGAACCGUUUUGCCAACAUUUCACCAUAUGAUGAUAAUCGUGUGAUCCUGAGCCCACUGGGUGACCUCACUAAUGAGUACAUCAAUGCAAGUCAUGUGGACGGCUACUCCAAACCAAGGAAGUUUAUCGCAGCGCAAGGGCCAGUCCCCAGUAGUAUAGUAGACUUCUGGAGGAUGGUGUGGCAGGAGAAAGUGCCGUCAGUGGUGAUGAUCACCAACCUGGUGGAGGGGAAGAAGACAAAGUGUGAGCAGUACUGGCCGUCCUCUGGGUCUCAGGAUUUCGGGCCGUUCCACGUAUCCAUCACUCACCAACUCAUUCUCGCUGACUACACCAUCAGAACACUCAGUGUUGAGCAUUGAUUAAAGAACCGUGGAAAAACAUGUUGCACACAAAAGUUGACCUAUGAAGGGAGCAUUCCCUUCAUAUGGAGCUCUCAGGGAAGACGAGGAAGGUGACUCAUUUCCACUACACAGCCUGGCCAGACCACGGAGUACCUGACUAUGCCACCUCCAUGCUCAACUUCCAUAAGGUUGUCCUCAGAGAUCACAAGGCCCAGAGAGGUCCUCUACUUGUGCACUGU